AUGGCGCGCCGCGCCCGUUGUCAACGGCUGCUGGUGCUGGCGCUGCUCUCUGGAGCUGCUGCAAGCACCGCGCACGACCGAAGGACGCCUGGGGAGCCAUGUGUCGAUGUGGCCGGUUGGAAGGACUCCGAAGGCUACUCAUGCGCACAGUAUGCCACGAACAGGUGGUGCACGUCGGACGGUAACUUGGGCUCUGGAUGGUCACCGGCCUGGAACGUGCCGGAGAUGUACUGGCACGAUGGGCAUUCUGGCAUCAGCGCGUGCUGUGCCUGCGGAGGCGGCCAGGUCGGCCACAUUGUCGGCAUGUGGGAGCUGGUCAGAGGUCCUUGCACAAUUGAGGACGACUGCAUCCUGAGCCCGAACUACCCGGGAAACUACUCGGACAAUCAGCGAUGCACGAUCCUUGUGAACGGCACGCUUGCCAAGCCCUUGAAGACCGUCCACUGGGACGUGGAGUACUGGUUCGACUACUUGCACAUCAACGGCCAUUUCUACAGUGGCCCAAGCAACCCACAGGGCGUGGUGCCAUCUGGCUCAAUCCAGUGGAACUCGGAUGAGGACACCAACGGCACUGGCUGGAAGCUUUGCGCAAGCGACGAGAUACCUGCGAUAAACAACACUGCGACCACUGCGGCGGCAACCACGGCGCCCACAACGACCGUGUCGGUUGCAGACUCGACGGCGGCGCCAACUGCGGCGCCAACUGCGGCGCCAACGGCGGCGCCAACGGCGGCGCCCACAAGCUCGACGGCGGCGCCAACGGCGGCACCCUCAUCUUCCCAGCCGUCUACAGCCUGCCGUGACGUGGAGGGCUGGGCAGACCUAGGCGACUUCACCUGCUCCGAUUACUCCCAGCGCGGGUGGUGCACGAGCACGGGUGGGCAGGGUCCGAACUGGGAAGAAGCAUGGGGGCCUCUUGCAGAAUACUGGCACAUGGGCUACGCCGCGCCAGAGGCUUGCUGUGUCUGCGGCGGUGGCCAGGUGCAGUCAGUCGACGGCGCUUGGCAAGUCCUGCGCGGCACCUGCUCAAUUGUGGGGAACUGCAUCCAGUCCCCAAACUAUCCGGCCAACUACAGCGGCAAUGAGCGCUGCACGAUCGUCACGAACAGCAGCCUCAUGACGCCCCUCGAGAUGGUGGACUUCUCCACAGAGCGCUUCUAUGAUGUCCUGACCAUCAACAACAUGCAGUUCAGCGGCCAGCGCAAGCCCUCCGGCAUCACGCCCCGGGGUACUAUAGCUUGGAAGUCGGACGAAGACAUCCAGGGCAAAGGCUGGAAGCUCUGCCUCGGGCCCAAGCCCUCCGCGCCCACAGGUGGUGGCAUCUUCUCCAUCUUAGAGGGCCCUUGCACGAUUGAUGCAGAGGGAUGCGCGCUGUCUCCGAACUAUCCCAGCACCUACAACCCUCUGCAAGGAUGUAUCAUCCAAGUCUACAACCCGGGGAACAAGACCAUCGCGGCGAAGGACUUUGUUACGGAAGCCAGCUACGAUGUACUCUGGGUGAAUGGACGGAGAUAUUCCGGCUCCAGCGGGCCGGAUGGAGUGGUCCCAACAGAACCCAUGCAGUGGAGCUCCGACGAGGACGUCCAGGACAAGGGCUGGAAGCUCUGCGCCGGGGGGGUGGGCCAGCCGGAGCGGCCGGGUCCGGGACCGAUCGAGCAGGAGUACGGCUACAACUUCGGCGACGGCGACGACGGCGAUGAAGGUGGUAUGGGUGGCGACUAUGACGCACCGCAGUCGUCCACUGCACCGCCAACAGGCUUUUUACAAGGCACUCCUCAGGACCCGGACUCCGGGACGGAGGACCCAGAGCAGGAAAUCAACGGUUCCCUGCCCUUCGGAAAGAUCCUCUUGGCUACUGCGGCCCUCUGCUUGACCGGAGCUGCUUGGACGUCCUGUGCUUGCGAUGUCGGCCGCUUGUCUUAUUUCUUGUGCGGCGUGUAG